AUGCACACAGGACACCGUGCAGGCGCCUGCCUGUUACUCAGGGCACAACAGACAGCAGCUCUUGUUCUCCUAGAGCCUGGGUCUGACCUGAAGAGACCUGCAGCAUCUGACUGUGCUCACCCCGAAACAGAACCAGCUUCACGACAAGGUCCAUCAGUGGCGGAGUACUGGGUUGGCCUGGAGUUUGAUCACCUCUUUGGCUACAGGGUCCUAGAUGCAGGUGCCAUUGUGAAGAUGGCCAAAGACUCGAAGAUGGUGCCUGAGAGGUUCCACUGUGUGGGCGGCUCCAUGCAGGACCCAGAGAAAAUUCCGACCACUGGCAAGCUGGUGCUGACAUUCACAACUGACGCAUGUGAGGGGAAGGAAAACUUUGUCCCCUACCUGGAGCACGUCCAAGUGGUCGUCACCGUCAACGUGACCAGGAGAGGGGAUCUGGACAUCAACAUGACGUCCCCCAUGGGCACCAAGUCCAUCCUGCUGAGCCACUGCACCUGA